GGCGGGACUAACAUUCUGUUCUUUAACAGUUGUCCCUCGUUCCCUCGUAAGUGUUGGAUUUCACGCCGUCUGACACAUCGCGCAGCUCGUGAAAAAUCCUUAAUCCUCCCGGAUUUUGUUUAUAUCACCGGUCAGACAGACGGGCCGGGCAAGAAUGGCUGCACUGCGUCGUCUGAGACAAUGCGCCUCCACCGGCGUGGGCGUCUCUCAUCUCCACACCAGCAGCUGUGCCCUGGCCAAGCAGCACUACAAAAUGCUCGUGCUUGGAGGAGGAACUGGAGGCAUUGCAAUGAGUGCAAGAAUGAAGAGGAUGCUGGGAGCUGAGAAUGUGGCGGUUGUGGAGUCCAACGAGAUGCACUACUAUCAGCCGAUUUGGACCCUGGUUGGCGCCGGGGCAAAAACUCUAACCUCAUCAGGUCGCUCCACAGCGAGUGUUAUGCCCUCUGGUGUGAAGUGGGUGAAAUCGAAAGUUCAGGAAAUAAACCCAGACACCAAUACUGUCCGCACAGACGAUGGGAAUGAAAUCUCCUAUGAGUAUUUGAUCGUGGCUCUUGGUUUACAAAUCCACUUUGAGAAGAUCAAAGGACUGCCUGAAGGAUUUGAACAUCCAAAGAUUGGGUCGAACUACUCAAUCGAAACUGUGCAGAAAACGUGGAAAGCGUUGCAGGACUUCAAAGAGGGCAACGCCGUUUUUUCUUUUCCAAAUACUCCCGUAAAAUGUGCUGGUGCGCCACAAAAGAUUAUGUACCUAACCGAUGCCUAUCUCAGAAAGAAUGGGAAAAGGGACAAGGCCAAAGUCAUAUACAACACCUCACUACCUGUGAUCUUUGCAGUCAAGAAAUAUGCAGAUGUAUUGUGGGAGAUUGUGAAACAACGGGACCUACAAGUCAACCUGAGGCAAAACCUGAUUGAAGUGCGGGCAGAUAAGCGAGAAGCUGUGUUUGAAAAUCUUGACAAACCAGGCGAAACCAAAGUGCUCGAGUAUGAAAUGCUUCAUGUCACACCACCGAUGGGACCCAAUUUGGUAGUUAAAGGCAGUCGACUGGCAGAUGAGGUUGGCUGGUUGGAUGUGAACAAAGACCACCUGCAACAUAACCGCUAUCCAAACGUGUUUGGAAUCGGAGACUGCACCAACCCGCCCACCUCCAAAACCGGUGCUGCGGUCGCUGCACAGACUGCUAUCCUCAACAGAACCAUAAGCAAAGUACUGAAAAAUGAGAAGCCAGAUCGGAAAUAUGAUGGCUACACCUCAUGCCCCUUGGUUACAAGCUACAACACAGUGGUGCUGGCAGAGUUUGACUACAACGGACAACCACUGGAAACUUUUCCCAUCAACCAAGCAAAAGAGAGACGACUUAUGUACUACAUGAAAGCUGACGUCAUGCCUCACCUUUAUUGGCAUGGGCUUCUUCGGGGACUGUGGGGUGGACCAGGACCAUACAGGAAACUCCUACAUCUUGGAAUGAAAUGAAUGAGUCACAACACAUUAGAUGCAUUUAGAAUUCAGCAGAAUAAUGAUGCAUUUGUUACAUUUAUGUUAUGUUACAUACAACAAAGCCUUAAGCUCAGCCAAGUUGGCCUUAUCUUCUUUUUUAUGAUUGUUGACCAAUCAUUAAAAAUCUUGUGUUGACAGUCAUUAAUUACAGUAGUGGCACUAUACUACUGUGAUAACUUUUGAUACAAAACCAUUUCAUGUCAGCCAUUGCCUUUGGAAAUAAUUGACCAUUACCAUGGAAACUACAAAAUGCUGUUCUUAAAUUUAAAUAUCCAUGCUUGAAAGAGUUUUGUGCAUACUGAUUAUUUUUCUACGAGUGCUUAACUGAGUUAUGAUGAACUGGUGACACAGUCUAUUAUCAUGUUUGUUGACAGAAGAGAGGAAUGUGCAGUUCCUUCUUCUGUUAAUGUUAUCUGUAUGCUUUAUCAUAAAUUGAUGAAAUCAUCAAAUUCAGGGUACUGUAAUUCUUUUAUAAUCUGGGAUAAAUACCUCAAACAAAUUCUGUUCAAUUCCCUUUGGUACGUUGCCUGUUCUCCUGAAUGUUGAAACUUACAGAUAACAUUUCGAAACACAGAAUCAUCAAUCUCAUUGCUAUGUUUAAAGUCAACUUCUAACACUCAAAAGAUUCUCAAGUCAAUCUUCGAAAUGAACAAACUCCACUCAAGGAAAAUUAAAUCAAAAGUAUGGCCUUUU